CAUCCCGACCGUACCCUUAACCGCGGGCUCGAUCAGCUCUGCCAAGCAGAUGAGCACAAUCCCAGAUACGGCCGAACACAGGCGCCUCACCGGCGGGCUCGUUGGCCUGGAAGUGGAACGGGGAGGCGGUGUGCGCGAUGCCGUCCAUGCCCUUCACGGCCUCGUCAAACGCGCCAUCCUAUCGCAGCGUCGCGUGUGCGCGUCAGACGAAUAGCAACAGGGGGCUGCCGUGACGCACAGCCGUGAUGUCGGGAACAAUAACCACUUCAAACCGCUCGCCGUACGCGCUGAAGGUGUCCAGCAGGAACGUGCGGACCACCCACUGCGCACAGCAGCUCAGAUCAGUCGAGAAGACAGGGGACGAUGACAGGACGGACGACGGCGAUGAAUCCGUUGGCGCCAGAAACGAGAAUUUUACCAGAAGAAGACAUGGAGGGCAUUUUGGUCUGUAAAGAUGGGG